UGGACCUGCCCCAGCCAUUCCUAGGGCCCGGGUUCCUCGACCGCCGGCUCAGCCCCGCGGCGCCCCGCCCGCCCCCCGCUCCCCGCGCCUGGGCAGAAGGAAAGGUGACCACCUGCUGAGAAUGAGGGAGAUGGAGAUCAAAUAAAACCACGUGGACAGAGCUAAAGGUGUGAAAUAGUCACCAAGGAAGAUGAGCAAAGACAAGUGAAAGGACUAACAGCAGUGUUGAAGCCCCGAUGGAAAAGCAUCCCCUGAAUUUGUAUUCAUACCAGUCUGCUCAGUUACCUGGUUCUCCACAGCUAUAUUCAGCAGUUCUGGUGUACAAGUAAAACUGAAUAAAAGAUGAACAAACCCAUAACAGCAUCAACAUAUGUGCGCUACCUCAAUCUUGGACUAAUUAGAAAGCUGUCAGAUUUUAUUGAUCCUCAAGAAGGAUGGAAGAAGUUAGCAGUUGCUAUUAAAAAACCAUCUGGUGAUGAUAGAUACAAUCAGUUUCACAUAAGGAGAUUUGAAGCAUUACUUCAAGCUGGAAAAAGUCCCACUUGUGAAUUACUGUUUGACUGGGGCACCACAAAUUGCACAGUUGGUGAUCUCGUGGAUCUUUUGGUCCAAAAUGAGUUUUUUGCCCCUGCAAGUCUUUUGCUACCAGAUGCUGUUCCCAAAACUGUUAAUACACUGCCUUCUAAAGUCACUGGAACAGUUCAGCAGAAACAUAUGCCCCUCUAUGGCAAAGACAGGAUAUCUGCGAUAUCUGAUGAGAAUACUGAACAAAACUAUAUGCCACCUGACUCCUCGUGUCUAGAAAAUAGAAGUUUAGAAGUUAGUGAUACACGUUUUCACAAUUUUUCAUUUUAUGAAUUGAAGGAUGUCACAAAUAACUUUGAUGAACGACCGAUUUCUGUUGGUGGUAACAAGAUGGGAGAGGGAGGAUUUGGAGUUGUGUAUAAAGGCUAUGUGAACAACAGGACUGUAGCAGUGAAGAAGCUUGCAGCAAUGGUUGACAUUAGUACUGAAGAACUGAAACAACAGUUUGAUCAAGAAAUAAAAGUAAUGGCAAAGUUUCAACAUGAAAACUUAGUAGAACUACUUGGUUUCUCAAGUGAUGGAGAUGACCUCUGCUUAGUGUAUGUUUACAUGCCCAAUGGUUCAUUGCUAGACAGACUGUCUUGCUUGGAUGAUACUCCACCACUCUCUUGGUGCAUAAGAUGCAAGAUUGCUCAGGAUGCAGCUAAUGGCCUCAGUUAUUUACAUGAAAACCAUCAUAUUCAUAGAGAUAUUAAAAGUGCAAAUAUCUUACUAGACGAAGACUUUGCAGCCAAAAUAUCUGACUUUGGGCUUGCACGGGCUUCUGAGAAGUUUGCCCAAACAGUCCUGACAAGCAGAAUUGUGGGAACAACAGCUUAUAUGGCACCAGAAGCUUUGCGAGGAGAAAUAACAGCCAAAUCUGACAUCUACAGCUUUGGUGUGGUCUUACUAGAAAUAAUAACUGGACUUGCAGCUGUGGAUGAACACCGUGAACCUCAGUUAUUGCUGGAUAUUAAAGAAGAAAUUGAAGAUGAAGAAAAGACAAUUGAAGAUUAUAUUGAUACGAAGAUGAAUGACAUUGAUUCCACUUCCAUUGAAACUAUGUACUCUGUUGCCAGUCAAUGUCUGCAUGAAAAGAAAAAUAAAAGACCAGACAUUAAGAAGGUUCAACAACUGCUGCAAGAAAUGACAGCUUCUUAAAACUUUACUGGAAUAGACUCUUGGCUUUUUAUAUACAGCUAUCUAAAUCAUUUUUUAAUCUAAGAUUUUUUUGUAAGCAUUCUUCUUUACCUUUUACAAGGCAGCAUGAUGAAGUGCAGUGGUUAUUAAAGCUUGUGUAGAACCCCCAAUAUAUAGAACAAACAAAAGUAGAGCCGCCGUAGCAACACUUAGCCCUCCUUUCACUCUGAGGUCUUACCAUAAUCCCUGAGAUCUCCUUGGAACCUCACCAAACACAGUAUGAAAGCUCAGAAUUAGCAAAAAAGAGGACUGAACUAUAGGGUGAAAAGACCCUGGGCUGAAGCCCGACUCCACUACUAAUUUUCUGUAAAGCUUUCAGCAACCUCUUAGCUGCUUUGAACCUUGGUUUUUUCACCUGUAACGUUGGACUAAUUAUCUACUGUGCCUCUCUGACAGGUAGUCAUGAAAAUCAAAUGAUGCAGAAUAUGUACAGGCACUUAGUAACUUGUAAAGUGAUAUAAAAUUUAAUGUUUACAUAAAUGAUUAUAAAAUCCUAUUACAGUCAUUUGUUUAUAGGGUCAUGUUCACAGUGUGCUAUUUUAAGCAAUCAUUAACCAUACGCCAGUUAUGCCCUGAUGAUACUCCCAUGAUGCUAUGGCCAUUGUUAGAUUAUGUUAUAUGGCAAAUUUGAAAGCAUUUUGUAGAUGCAGUUAUAGUCCCUCAUCAGCUGACUUUGACUGUCAAUAAGGAGAUGCUGCUUUGGGGGCUGGACCUAAUAAGGUGAGCUUAGAAGGGCUUACAAGAAGUCCAAGAGAUUCUCCUGUAGGCCUUGAGGUAAGCUACCAUGUUGUAGGAAGGCCACAUUGGCUAAGAUCUAUGGGUGGCCUUUAGGAGAUGAGAGUUACCUUCCAGCUAUCAGCCAGCAAGAAAAAUUUGGAAACUUCAUUGUACAGCCUCAAGAAACUGAAUUCUUCCAACAACCUAAAUUAGCUUAAAAGAGUGCUCCAAACUUCAGAUGAUACCAUAACCCCCGCUGAUAACCAUAACCUAAAUUUCGGCCUUUUGAGACCCUCAGUAGCAAACAUGGACUUCUGUGCCUGGACAUGCAGAAUUGUGAGGUAAUAAAUAAGUUGCUAUAAGCCACCAAGUUUGUGGUAAUUUUUUAUGCAGCAAUAGAAAAUGAAUACAGAUAUUCUCAUGAUGAUUCUCCCACAGGGAUACCCCAUCAUGUUCACAGGUUCUGUCCACAAUACCAAGUAUCUGCAAUUAUUCAUUCAUUCAAUAAUCUUGGUAUCAUUAGUUUUUUCAUUAACACACUCAAAACAAGAGUAUGUAGAGUGAGCUAUAGUAGAAGAUGAUCAUCCUCUAUAUUGUACUGUUUAGACCUUCCUAAAUACUUUCUUGGGAAACAGAUAGUACUGUUUUCAAAUCACCUUUAUAAACUAAGCAUUUAAGGAAAAAACAUUUGCUAGUUGAAAAGCAAAAUAAAUAAAAUGACUUGGUCACAUUAAUCUCAACAGGAACUCACAUAAUUUGAGGUUCAGUAUGGCUUAUAACCCUGAAAAUAAUAAUGUUAUUUUAAAAUAUAAUGAGGGACUUCCCUGGUGUUCCAGUGGUUA